AUGAGAGAGUUUAAGAGCAAGGCUUUCUGGAGGGCCGUCCUGGCCGAACUGGUGGGCAUGACACUCUUCAUCUUCCUCAGCAUCGCGGCGGCCAUCGGCAAACCAACCGACCCGGGUCAGGAGGUCAAGGUGUCGCUGGCCUUCGGGCUGGCCAUUGCCACGCUGGCGCAGAGCCUGGGCCACAUCAGCGGCGCUCACCUCAACCCGGCCGUCACGCUGGGCAUGCUCGCCAGCUGCCAGAUCAGCGUGUUCCGGGCCAUCAUGUACAUCGUGGCGCAGAUGAUGGGCUCGGCACUCGCCAGUGUCAUUCUGUACGGUGCACGGCCCGCCGACACAAAUGCCCUCGGCCUCAAUGCGCUUAGCAAGGACCUCACCCCCAGUCAGGGUGUGGGCAUCGAGCUCCUGGCAACUUUCCAGCUGGUGCUGUGUGUCAUCGCCGUGACUGAUAAAAGACGACGCGACGUCACCGGCUCAGCGCCGUUGGCCAUUGGUCUCUCCGUAUGCCUGGGACACUUGGCGGCAAUCAGCUUCACGGGCUGCGGCAUCAACCCAGCACGUACCUUUGGUCCAGCUUUGGUUAUGAAUGACUUCGCUAACCACUGGGUGUACUGGGUGGGCCCCAUGUGCGGCGGCGUGGCGGCUGCGCUUGUUUACGACUUCCUCCUAUCGCCCAAGUUUGAUGACUUCCCCGAACGCAUGAGGGUGCUGGUCAGCGGCCCCAUGAACGACUACGACAUCAGUGGCGGCAACGAUGCCUCCACUGUAGAAAUGUCCAGCAAAUAG